AUGCCCGAAAACGAAUCUAAUCACGAUAUCGACAACGAGGAAACGCUGUCGGAACAAUUCAGGAAAGCUGAAGAUGUCGUAAAUGACAUCGAAAGUGGUAGAUUUUCGGCUGCGGACUCACAGACUCGCGUCUCGGAAACCGUCUGCAUUCUUGAGAACCUCACUCGCGCCGUCUCUUCACUUGGAUUGUUUUCCGAUAAUGAAGAGGUGGAAGAUUUACCUACGUCUUCAAUCCCGUUUCUUCUCAUUCCUUGCUACCUCGGUGUUGCCCAUCAUAAUACUACAACAGAUCCCCUCCACCGUGCCGACCAACUGCAAUUGGCUAAGGUCUACUACCUCGAUUUCUUGAAGCGACUUCGCAGUUAUGGUUUCGAGUUCGAUAGCAAAGACUUUCUCAUCAAUGGAGAGAAUGAAGAAUCAACUGAUGUUUCCCGUGCCGGAAUAAAGAAGUUCACUGGAGAAGAACAACGAGAGCGAAAGAUUGCUCGAUUUCGAAAGCAGCGAGAAUUGAAAAACACCAUGGAUGAGUUGAAGAGGCUCAAUGAGCUACCUCUCGUUGAAAUGAUGAAAGCACGAAUGAAAGGAAAUGUUCAACCAGCGCCAGCAGAAAAGUCGUUGCAAAAAGAUGAUAAGAAGCCAGCACCGCUACGACCAUUCAUAAUUACACGUUCGGAACAGCAAAAAGCUGUCUUUGGUCUCGGAUAUCCUUCCAUUCCCACUAUGACCGUAGACGAAUGGUACAACCAACGGUUCGGUGGCGCUUCAUCGGCACAACAACAACAACACCAACCAGACAAUAAGUAUGUCUUAUUAUUAGUUUGUUCUAUCACGAUCAUCGGCAUCUUACAACUAAUUGAUUCCAAAGCCAGUCAUUCUGGAGAGAUUGACACGGAAGAGGCUGAAGAAAGGGAGAGAGCAAGGUUGAUGAGGUGGGAUGAGUACAAGGACGAUCACCGACGUGGUUGGGGAAAUACUCACAACAAAGGAUAA